UGAGCCAGUUGAGCCAGUUGCGCCGUGGCGAGCGCUUCGUUGGCGGCUCCCGAUCGAAAGGAUUCACGUCCUUGUCGGGAGUCCUGAAAUCGUGACGGGAAAAUAAAUCAAAUAUAUAUAUGAUGGGUUAUUGGCUAUGUGUGGUGCUGGUGCUGCUACUGCCCUCCAGUUACCAACUGGCCACGCCCUCCGGUAACGGUCAGUUGCGACGCCUCUGGCUGCAGGAUCAUUGCAGUGCCGGUAUAUGCACGAACGUGGAGAUCGGUCGCAGUGACUAUGUGAUCCUCUCGCAGGCUCCCAUUCCGGGCACCACGAUGCUCACCUUCAUCAACUCGAGCAUUGCCAAGAUCCCUCAUCUGCUGUUCGACACAUUUCCGGAUCUUCAGAUCCUGCGCAUGGAGAACUGUUCGCUGGAGACGUUCGAGAAGCCGCAGUUUGAGGGGGCCAGCAAUCUGAUGAGCCUGUUCCUGGGACACAAUCGCCUGAGGGAUAUACCCAAGAAUAUCUUCUUGGGGGCCGACAAUCUGGCCACCUUGCAUCUGGAGUCGAAUCAACUGAAACAGUUGGUUAACAACAGUUUUCAUGCCCUAAAGGAGGUGAAGGAGCUAUCUCUGGCCGACAAUCAGCUGGAGCAGCUCUCUCCGGGUGUCUUUGGUGGCAUGCGGAAGUUGCAGGAUCUAAAUCUAGCUGGAAAUCGUUUGGAGGCCCUGCCCCGUGGAAUUUUCGACCGGAACUUGAACCUAACGAAACUGAACUUGGCCUGGAAUCGAUUUACUGCCUUCGAGUCGGAGCUGCUGAAAAUGCAGCCACUUCUGACGCAUCUGGAUAUAUCUGGGAAUAUUCUGCAAGAGCUCACCCUGAACUUCAGCUCCCUGGACGUGGCCGUGGCCCACAGCUGCGACCUGAGGCGACUGACCGUGUAUGGAGUGAUUCGUGAACUGGAUUUGCAUAAUAAUUCGCUGAGGGAAAUGCCGCACAUUCCGCAGGCUGGGAAUGUGAGCAGCUUGGACUUGUCGCACAAUCCGCUGGGCAAUCUCCAGGGGAAUCCCCUGAGAAGAUUCACCUCGCUGCUGCGCUUGAACCUUUCGGCCACCAAUGCCCACGAGCUGCCGGAGGGUGUGUUCAAGAAGCAGGGUCACCUGCAAAUGCUGGACAUAUCCGGGAACUCGAUUUACUCCCUGAAGAUCACCAUCUUUGACAGCCUGAAGGAACUGCAGUAUUUCUACUUUCAGCAGAACAACUGGAACUGCGAUUUCCUGCAGCUCCUGAUGAGCUCCUUUGUGAAGCGCCGGGAUAUAUCCUUCAUGGAGGAUAUCACGGCACCGGAGUUGGUCGAUGACUAUGUGGAUGGCAUUGCCUGUUGGUAUGAGAGCGACAAGCAGUCGAAGAAAUGCGAAUCUGGAGGAUCGGAUGCUGCCAUGGAAUUAUCGGUGGUUCGGAAUGAGAUCAAGACCUUCACCGAAUUGGUGGAGAAGAAGUUCGUCAAGGUUUAUCGGAUGUUGGAGGAGAUGAAAAUGAAACUAUAAAAGGGAAAUAUUUAUCCCACAUAUUAUCUAUCUAUCUAUCAAACCAUAUUUAAUCCCCAUAUUUAACCAAAAUAUUUAAUCAACAUAUGAAUAACCGCAUAUUUAUGUUAUUUGACACACGACAGCAACAAAUGGAUAAUUUUAAGUGAUGAUAAGAACCAAUAAAGCUCUACUGGGAACUCUA